GCUCGGUCUGACCCCGGAGCUCGGUGAGUGAGUAACCCUCAGCCAGCCAGCCCCGAGUCCCAGCACCCUCAGCCAGCCAGCACCGUGUCACAGGACCCUCAGCCAGCCAGCACCGAGUCCCAGCACCCUCAGCCAGCCAGCACCGAGAGCGAUACACUGCUAACUGCUGGCUGAGAGUGAUAGAGAGAGGAAAUCAGUAUUAGUAAGAUUUAAUAGCAAGGUACAGGAGCUGCUGAAAUCCAUUAAUAGAACUUACAAUUACAUGGUGAAGAAGCUAUUUUGAAACAGAAGUUGAAUAUUUGAUGGCUGGACGUUGGGCAAUAUUUGGUAUGGUACAUUGUGUCCAAGGCUAACCUGGGCACCUUCUCCUUGUGAACAUUGUAUGAUUCUAUGUGAGUUAGCCCACUGCUGACACUAUCUUAACAUGAUGCGCUACUGGGGAGAGAUCCCAGAUUCUUCUGGACAGGCCAGCAGGAGUUCCUUCGACCUCUUACAGAGGGAGUUCCGCACAGUGGAGAUGCAAGAACCCCCUCUACACCAGCCUUCUGCUAACAAACCAAGAACCACUACCAUGCUGGAUAUUCCGUCUGAACCGUGCAGCUUAACCAUUCACACAAUCCAACUCAUUCAGCAUAACCGCAGACUGCGCAGCCUGAUUGCUACGGCUCAGGUUCCAAACCAGCCGCAGGCUGAAGGCAUGAAAGUGGAGGAGAGUGAACCGCUUCCACAUCGGCCUACCUCUCCGGUCCUCCCUGAUGAUCUCCUGCCGCAGGAUUGCAAGACCCCCAAGCUACCCUUCCAGAUAAGACACAGCGACCCAGAGAGUGAUUUUUAUAGAGGGAAAGGAGAGCCAGUCACUGAACUCAGUUAUCAUUCAUGUCGCCAGCUGAUGUACCAGUCCGUGGCCACCAUUCUUGCGCACGCUGGAUUUGAAUGUGCCAACGAGAGUGUCCUGGAGACCCUUACUGAUAUCGCUCACGAAUAUUGCCUAAAAUUUACCAAGAUGCUCAGGUUUAAUGUGGAUCGAGAAGCGAGGCUUGGACAGACUCCGUUCCCGGAUGUCAUGGAGCAGGUCUUCCAUGACAUGGGCAUUGGCAGUGUUUUAUCUCUGCAGAAGUUCUGGCAGCACCGCAUUAAGGAUUACCAUGCGUACAUGUUGCAGGUCAGCAAGCAGCUGUCUGAGGAGUAUGAGAAGAUUGUGCAUCCGGAGCGAGUCUCGGAGGACACGAAGCCGGUGAAGGUUAAAGAAGAGCCUGUCACUGACAUCACCUUCCCCGUCAACGAGGAACUGGAAGGCGACCUGGCGCCUGGUGAUCAGUCGCUGCCAGUAGGCGUCCUGGGUGCUCAGAGCGAGAGAUUUUCAUCAAACAUGGAAGUUGAUUCUUCGCCCCAGCCAUCUGGAUCUGAUGUCAAUACCUCACCCCUGUGGAGCCUGACACAAGUGAAAAUGGAGCCCCAGGAAAACGAGGAGUCGAAUGUACAUGGACACAGUGUUUUGGGGAAUGAUGUGUUUGAAGAGCCCAUGUCUGGGAUGAGUGAUUCUGCCCUUCCUGGAAGUCCCAACGGGUCGGAGGGUAGCUAUGGGUCACAUUCUCCGGAUAGCCUCAUGGGAUCAUCUUCCCCAGUUUUCAACCAGCACCCAAAGAAGAAAAUGAAGAAAAUGUAGACAGUGAAUGGUUACAUUUGUUAUUGUAUUAUUAUUAUUUUUUGUUGUUGUUUUUGAGAUGGCUGUUCUCCCCGUUUCUGUACAUAGUUAAUUCAAAGACUCCAGUUGAUGUCUAUUUCAGGAGAUUCAAAUCAGUGAUCAGAUUUAAUUUACUGUUAAAUGCAAAAAACUACCAAGACCUCAUUAAACAGGUUUUUUUUCACUUCUCACGAUGUUUAGAGCUCAUUAAAGAUAAACCUAAUUGUGACAUUUAUUCCGAUCUCUGUAUAAUGAAGGUGCUGAGCACUACAACCAGGCAUGCCUGCAGGUAAGUGAAAGAUUAUUUGGUUGUAUAAUUUUUACAAGUUGAUGGAAGUUAAGUCCAUUAAGUUUAACCUUUUCAAGUGGUGUAAUUGCAAUGAUAUUCAAACAGAACAAGACAAAGUAAAAAUACCAAAACUCAAGAUUUUUCAUGUAGAUAACAUUCUGCCAUUCUAUAACUACUCAUACUUUUUCUUAGAUUAAAAACCAAAGCACCUGCUACCCCUUUUCAUUUUCUCAAUUAUAGCUGCAGCAGAACCUCCCCCACCAUAGUGGCAGCACCAUCCGCGUCCUGCGAGUACAAAUAAUGUGUUAGACCUGACUAACUUGUGUAGGUUUUCUUUGUGCAUGAAUGAUGCUAUUCAUCAAGCUAAUGUAAAUUCUGCUUCUUUCUGAUUUAUUUUUUUAAGUGAAUGUAAGGGUCUUAAAGAAUGUCUACAGUUGUUUAUAUAGAGUUUAGGUAAUUGUCAAUGAUGCAUAUAUGUGUGUUUUUUUAAACCUUUUCCUGAGGAACGGAUUUGGCUUUUAAUUGGUGUGACUGUGACAAGAUUGGUUCCUGCACUUCCUGAAGGCAUUACAGUAGAACUGCACUGGCUUCUACAGGAC